CAACAGCUCUACCAAGAUCAACAGUAGCGUCCAGUUGUCUUAAACCUCAGCACUGGAAACUUGAUGCUGCAAAAGACUGAGCUCACUUUGGCUGAAUCCCACUAACUUGUUUGGAAACUCAUUUUUACGGAGGCAUUAAAGGUUUCUUUGGAUAGCAGCGAUUCUCACCUUUAACUGCAACCUAAUUGAGGAAUAUUGCGCCCUAAUCAUGUCUCAACUGCAGCAAGCUAUGGCCAUGCUCAUCGCAGCCUUUCAUAAAUACUCUGGCAAGGAGGGAGACAAACUCACCCUAAGCAAGGGAGAGCUGAAGGAUCUUCUUCAAAAUGAGCUUGGAGACGUAUUUGGCAAAACCGCUGACAAGGCAGCAAUAGACAAGAUCUUCAAGGAUCUGGACGCAGACGCGGACGGCACUGUGGAUUUUCAAGAGUAUGUCACGCUGGUCGCCUGCCUCACUAUGUUGUGCAACGAGUUCUUCACCAAAAAAUAAGGAUCCGAGCGCCACCUUGGGGCCAGCUGAGAGAGCUGCCAUUCGGUGACAGGAAGUGUCCCUUGACAGCUGUUUUGAAGAAGAUAUAAACACAAAUAUAUGACAGUGAAGUCAAACUUAUACUGAAAUCCAAAAUGAAAUAAAUCUUUUUUUUUUCUCUCUGAAA